UGUUUACUUAAAGAGCAGCCUGCGAAGGAGCCUAGCUAGUCAAACGAUAAAUUCGACGUUUCAACUUCAGUACUCAGUACUGGUUUUCAAAAGUCUAGCUUCUAUUGUAAUAAUUGUCAUCGUUUCUCAGCGAUCAUAGGUGUAAGCAUAGCUCUAUCAAUAAUGUAUGGCCAUGAUGACUGGUCGCCGACAAAUAUAGAGGUUGUGUGCCUAGCCAGCGCAGUUUGAAUGCAGCUCGAGGUUUUAUCAUGAUCCUCAAUAUUCUAUUUUCAUGGAUAUGGAUUUUGGUCAUCGAUAACGUUAAAGCGUGGGGGCCUUGGGGAAGUCUCUGCAGCCUGCCUAGAAUGAGGAGACGAGGAUGUGUGAAUCCGCUUACCCAAGCGCURACAUCCUCAGCAAACUGUGGUGAAGAAGACAAACAGCAAAUUCCUCCCUCUAAAGAUUGUGGUACUCAUGAAUCCCUUGGCGUGAGAUUUAAAGGAAGCAUUCCCGAUGAUAAUUUURGAGCCUCCAGCUCAGGAACAUAUAAUUUCGUUGGAACGAGAUAUAAUUGCAAGCCCUAUCAUGGGAGGCUAAAUUAUUAUGUGAUUAGUGCACGUGGUUGGUGUGCUGGAUAUAAACAACAAGGGGAAUCAAUAUGGGUUGACUUGGACACCGUCARGACUGUUACCAAGAUAUCCAUGCAAGGCCGAGCUACAAAAGGCCAAUGGCCAACUCAGUUUACCUUAGCGUUCCGUCAAACCUCUUCGGAACAGUGGGCAGGGUAUUUUGGAGGACCCCAAGAAAAGUCGUCAUGCUCAGGACCGAUGACAUUUUUCCAUAACGUGACGUCAUCUUCUGCAACAGUAACUUCCCAUCUUCCUUCGCCAAUCACAGCUCGAUACGUAAAAGUCAUAGUGGUUACGUAUAGGCACUACCCGUCACUGAGGUUUGAUCUGAUUGGUUGCUAAGGAUGACAUUAAAUCGUUGCUAUGAACUCAUCACUAUAGCACCGCACAACUUGAGUAAUCAACAAAAACAUAACAAAAGAAACUGUUGGUUAGCAUCACUAAAUUGUCCGCAUGCAAACAAUAUACUGUAAAGUAUAUAACACAGUCAGCAAUCGUUUAUCAGAGCCUUGUUGCCGUGAUGCGCUUUAAGCGUCACAUACUACCAGGACCAGAAAGCUUUGCCCACUUUCUUUUCUAAAGUAAAUAGUCCCAUUCGUUUUACUAAUCUCCAAAGCGAUAACAAAUUCUGAAAUGAAAGAAAAUACUCUGAGCAGUAGUAGUAGUAGUAGUAGUAGUAAAGCCGACACCACAGUGCAUAUUGCCAAUUCUCAGUAUGGUUAGAAUUAAGCCCUGUUAUCACAACAUCUAUUUGAUAGCCUAGAUUUCUUUCUGCAACACUUGCAAUUUUUACAAUAUGUAUAAUGUGUCAAUGACGACAAUAAAAAAAUCAUU